AACUACAUUUAAUCGAGGUCCUGAGCGCGAACGAAGGUCGGCGCGUUGUUUGCAAGAUGGCAGCGUCUACAGCCCAGGUGCUUUCUCUGUAUCGCAAGCUUAUGAAAGAAAGCAAUAAAUUUCCCUCUUAUAAUUACAGGACGUACGCCUUGCGCCGGGUGCAGGAUGCCUUCAGGGCAAACCGGAGUGUAGAAGACCCUAAAAUGGUGGAGCAGCUCUUAAACCAGGGCAGGGACAACCUAGACAUGAUCCGGAGGCAGGUUGCCAUAGGCAAGAUGUACCCAACCCAGAAGACUAUUGUUGAGGGGUAGGGGUCGAAGAGGAACCACCGAUGGGCAUUGAUGGAGUGUCUCAGAACGAGAGGAAACGAUGCCCAAGAGACCAUGGGAGACGGAGCACUGAACCGCAACCUCACUUUACCUUUCACACAGAAGCUUUAUUUUCCAACGCCCUCAUUGGAUGGAUAGGGGGAAAGCCUAUGGGUUGAGCCUACUUUUUCCGACAUCAAAUUGUCCUUUAUCUCUAGACCAUUGUUCCCAACCCUCCACAUUUUUGUUCUAGCCCUGUACUGACACACAUGAUUCAACUAGACAGGGGCUUGCUGAUGUAGUUGAUUAUUUUAAUGUGUCAGUGCAGCCCUAAAACAAAAAUGUGGACUAUCUAGCGUUCCCCACGAGAGGGUUGGGAAACACUGCCCUAGACAUUUUGUGAUGGACUGUCUUAGAUCUGAAAGCAUCAGAUAGGCAUUAGAAAUAAUAGUAAUAAUGCCACCUAGCCUUUCGGUAGGCAAUAGAGAUUCUACCAUAUUGCUCACGUGUGUGUGUGUGUGUGUGUGUGUGUGUGUGUGUGGUGGGACGAGGCAAGGGGAUGGUUGAUUUCCGACUUGGCAACUGUGCAGCGUUGACGACGUAACGAUUGUCCUUGGUCACUAUAUACUGUACCCUCUUCACCAUACUACAAUAAUGAGCUUCUUUUGUGAUCUGUAAGAGUUGUAACAGUGCCACGGUGUACACACGGCCUUGAUUCCCUUGUUAUAUUUUUCUAUUGUGUGUUGUGUAUAUAUGAUUUGUCAUCAUGUAAGAUGGUGUAUAAACAGAUUAAAGAAAUGCAGAUCUGAAUCACA